UUACUUUAUUAUUUCCAGGCCGUUAUAUCUGCUUUAAAUAUGGAUGUAGCUGCUCUUGGUUUGUGCCUGUCAGAGGCUGGUCAGUCCCAUGUGCUACAGUUCUGGGAAGAACUGACCUUACCACAGCGCUCAUGUCUCUUACAAGAGCUGCAAGACUUGGACAUAAAGGAGUUAAGUGGCUUUUUCCACAGGGCUAUGGCUAGCUUCAAUGCUUCAAAAAACCAGGAGAAAGUGGACGUACGUAUGGAACCGGUUCCAAAUGAUGUCUUUGGCAGUGUUGCACGGAAUCGAGUGCAUCUACAUACCUGGGAGCAACACGGUAUGAUGCAGAUAGCACAUGGUAAAGUGGCCGUCCUUCUUUUAGCUGGAGGACAAGGAACCCGUCUGGGUGUGUCAUAUCCCAAGGGGAUGUAUGAUGUUGGGCUCCCCUCUCACAAAACACUAUUCCAACUGCAAGCUGAACGUAUUUUAAAGCUACAGAGACUUGCUGAGGAGCAGUAUGGGCAAUCCUGCACAAUUCCUUGGUAUAUCAUGGUCAGUGACCGUACCAUGACGUCCACUAGGGAAUUCUUUGAGACUCACAAAUAUUUUGGGCUGCGUGCAGAAGAUGUGGUUCUUUUCCAACAGGGGAUGCUGCCAGCCAUGAGCUUUGAGGGCAAAAUCCUUAUGGAGGAGAAGUUCAAAAUCUCAAUGGCUCCAGAUGGUAACGGUGGAAUGUAUAGAGCGCUUGGUGCGCAUGGUGUGCUGGGCGACAUGGAACAUAGAGGAGUAGAGUACAUACAUGUAUACUGUGUGGACAACAUCCUGGUGAAGGUAGCAGAUCCUGUGUUCAUUGGCUUCUGUUUGGAGAAGGAUGCCGAUUGUGGUGCCAAGGUUGUGGAGAAGAUGAACCCAACAGAGCCAGUGGGUGUUGUUUGCCGAGUGGAUGGUUUGUAUCAAGUGGUGGAAUACAGUGAGAUCACAUUGGAUACAGCACAAAAACGCAGCACAGAUGGACGUCUCCAAUAUAAUGCCGGAAAUAUAGCCAAUCAUUUCUUCACACUAAAGUUCUUGAAGGAGGUUGUGGAGAUCCAUGAACCCCAACUGCAGCAUCAUGUGGCGGUUAAGAAGAUCCCCUACGUGAACAUCUAUGGUGCACACAUUCACCCAGAUAAACCCAAUGGAAUAAAAAUGGAGAAAUUUGUGUUUGACAUUUUCCAGUUUGCAAAAAAGUUUGUGGUAUUUGAAGUGCUGCGAGAAGAAGAAUUUUCCCCUCUGAAGAAUGUAGACAGCCAUAAUGGAAAAGAUAAUCCUACCACCGCCCGUCAUGCCCUCAUGUCUCUUCAUCACUGUUGGGUCCUUAAUGCUGGGGGACACUUUGUUGAUGAAAAUGGGGCUCGUAUUCCAGCAAUCCCGCUUCAAAUCAACGGCAUAAGUGAAGCAGCGCAGGAUCGUACCCAGAACAACUUAAAGGAUGCUUGUGAUCAACCAAUCCAGUGUGAAAUAUCUCCUCUCAUUUCCUAUGCUGGUGAGGGGUUGGAGCCAUUUGUCCAGAAUGAGGCAUUCCAAACACCACUAACCAUCGAUGAGAAUGGCGUUCACCAGCAGCUAAUCAAUGGCUUCUGACUACAGAAUUUGCUCUAUAAUUGAAGGAUAAAAGCACUUUUAAUCAGAGGUUUUAGGAGGUGUGGGAAUAAAAGGUACUAAGGUGAUCAAUCCAAAUAAUUUCUUUGGUCAGUAUCAGCAUGUAUAGAUGUAACUUGUUAAUUGAAUAUUUAACUUGAUGGCUCUUUUAUGGAAACUCUAUUUUAUGUGAUGAAAAACUCAGAUUCUGGUUUUAUUUUUAAUACUGUGUAUAAAAACGGUUGUACAAUAAAAAAUGCAUUUUAUUUAGAA